AUGCAAGAGAUAUGCAACACCGCUGCGUUGCCGCUCGACAGUAACCCACUUGUGCGCAAAAUAAAAUGCGAAGAGUUCCCCGCCGUGAGAGGGAAGCAAGUCGCAAGAGUUGGCAUGGGGGUGCGUGAUGAGAUGGAAGAGGAGUUCGCCGUGAAGACGCGGAACACGCCGCCAAUGGGACCGGCGCCGGGGGCUGAUCACCCGCGCAUGGAACACGGCAAUGGCUUUUGGCUGGCAGCCGUCACAGCUGCCGGCGCGCCGCAUCCUAUGCUCGAGACCUGCACCGAGACUGGAUUCAUAAACAGCCAGCCCUCCAUGGCGGAGUUCAUGACAGCGUUACCACAACUCGGCGGCGGUGAACUCAGCCCCCAGCACACGCCGCCCGGCUACGCACCCGAUCUGCCCUCCCCAGGAGGCGGACUCAACGUCCCCGAGUACCCUUGGAUGAAGGAGAAAAAAACGACCCGAAAAAGCAGUCAACAAGGUAUCCUCCUUGCAUCGGGGGGACGGGGUAAGGGACUGCCCGCCCUUUCAUCUGCACUCUCGCGCUUUAAACUUAUACAGCCUUGUGCCCUAGUGUACUACCUCGCCAGAGUAUUAUUAUACUUAGAUAAACCUAAGUUGCUGUUGACUUGCUAUUUACUGCGCCCCCCCUUUCCCCCGUCACUAUGA